AAGGACGCCACUGCAGAGCUGGCAUAUAAAUGGCGGCCGGUGCAGCGACCAGACACAGUUCAAGUGUAGCACAUACACAGUAACAACCUGCCAACAUGAAGCUGCUGGUGAUUGCCGCCCUGCUGGCCGUGGCCGCCGCCCGGCCCCAGGACCCGGCCUACGACCCCGCUGAGGAGCUCCGAGCCGCCGGCAUCGUCCGCAUGGAUAUGGUCCAGAACGACGACGGCUCCUUCCAGUACGGCUACGAGACGGCCGGCGAGGGCCAGGAGAGCUCCCAGGACGUGUCUGGACGGCCCGAGCAGAUCGGAGAGGAGGUCGGCAUCGUCAGCCAGGGCACCUACUCGUUCGUCGCCAGGGACGAGAACGGAAACGAGGUGCCGGUCACCAUCACCUGGCGGGCCGGCCCCGAGGGCGUUGUGAUGGAGGGCGCCGCCAUCCCAGUGGCUCCCGAGGACCCCAACAAGGCUGCUCAGGACGCCGCCUACGCCGCUGCUGCGCUUGUCUAGACAAUGAACAUACAGAUAUUAAACUAUUGACAGCUCAGUGAUGACCAUAUUGUGGAACGAAUGUGACUAAUGUGUGUAUUCAUGGUGUGCUUAGAAACAAAUAAAUGCUAUUUUCUA